AUGCUCGUCAAACUGGAGAUUCUCUUGGCCGUCCAUGCCGCAGGCUCCGUUGCUCUGUCUGGGGAGGCUCGAGCCAUGAUGGAGGAUUCAAUGGCCUGGAUGGACAAGUUCUAUGAUCCGAGCCUCAGUCAGCUUUACGAUCUCGAGUCCAAGGCAGCUAUGAACCAUGAGACGCUGACUUCGGCUUGGUAUGCCGUCGGUCUCCUAGCACGCAACGGGAACCAUGGGAAAGACGUUUCCGAAGCUGAGUCCAUCAUCUCCUACAUCAUCGCCGAUCAACACGAUAACCCUACAGACCUGUGGUAUGGCGGCUACACCAGGGAGCCCGAGGAGCCGGACGUCGGUACGGCUGUGUACCCGGCUAAGGCGUACGGCUCUUGGGACCCGAACUGGCGAGGCUUCGUCGGCCUUAGCUUUAUCACCAUGUACGAGGAUUUCGGCCAUCUGCUGUCCCAGCCGCUCAAGGACUUGAUGCUCGAGAGUCUCCACAACUGCAGCGUGGGCGACUCAUACCGUGAGGGGGGCGUCAACAACGAUAACCUCUACCCAGCCUACAGUAAUCCGGCUAUUAUGCGCGCUAUCGGGACUGGCUGGACCGGCCGCCACACCGGCGACGACAACAUGACGAAAGCCGGAGAGGACUACGCUAAGAGGAUCAUCGAACUGUGGGACAUGCACGAAACCCUCUCCGAGUUCAACUCGGCCACCUACACUGGCAUCUCCCUCUUUGGCCUCACCCUCUGGAGCAAGUACAUGCCCGAGGACUCCAUCAUGGCCCAGCGCGGCCCAGACAUGCUCCGCGGCGUCUGGAACACCACCGCCCAGCUCUGGCAUGCGAACAUGCGCAACCUCGCCGGACCCUGGGACCGCUCCUACAGCUUCGACAUGACUAUCCACCUCGGCCAUCUUUCACUGUUCCUCGCUCCCAUCAUCGGCAGGAGGGAAGCCGGACUCCACCAACACCCAGAGAUUAUGAGCCACGCCCGCGACUGGGCAUGGGCUCCGCUCAUCGCUGUACACUCCGAGUUCCACAACUCCCUGUUAUCGGAUGAGCUGAAGGACUCUCUCAAGACGUUUGGCGGCGAGAGGACCUGGAAGGGCCAGGCAUACUAUCCACCCUACGACCUGGAGUCGAGGAACAUUAGCGUUUGGAUGGGCGAGAAGCUGAUGAUUGGCGCCCAGUCCUACCGCACCAAGAGUAAGAAUGGGCCGUCCAAUAAUAACGGGCAAUUUCACCCUGCCGUUGCUCAGUGGAUGUAUGGCGACGGCAAGAUCGGUUGGCUCUCCCUUCGAUCCAGCCAAGCCCACAUGAAGGUCGAGGUCCUCCCCAACCGCCUCAAGCUCACCUACCCCGACGGCAGGGCCGACUCCGUCUUUACCUUUUUCGUCUCCCCGUCGCUGCGUCAGCCCAAUGUCAAGACUUGGGACGACAUCCAGGGUGUUUCUAUCACCGUCUCCGGCAACGUAGAUGAGAAGUACGACUUGAAGUUCGCCGGGCGCUACGGCGGUUCGGCUGGGCCCUACUACGACCACAACUACUGGCGCUUUGAACACAAGAUGCCUGCGGGGUUCGAGGGCACGCCGGAGUUGAUCAUUGACUUUGCCUCGGAGGAGUGA